AUGCCGUUCACAAACGCAUAUGAACCCGGUUCUGGAGCAAAACUUACAUUAAACUGCUCGUUUUUAUGUAUGAACAAACAGAAUUCUUUCGUGAAAGGUUUCAGUCCAAGGGCACGUGCAGUGAGCCAAGCGCUGAAGUUGCCGAGCAAGGUAAAUGGGCCGGCUUGGACCGUGAACAAGUCCUCGAGUCCUUUGAAGCCUUUGUAUUGGGCCGCGUUGAAGCGGAGGAUUUUUGGGCCCGGGCCCACUCGGAAUGCGUACACGAAUCGCGAAUGGGAAAUUCUUGAUGACCCGUACUCGAUCGCCGGAUAUCGACUUGCCUUAGCCGCUGAGGUUGUCGAGUGGCCUUUUAUUUGCAUAAUCGAAGCGGAUUUCGGGUUUGUCAUGUCCCCAACCCAUUCCCGGCCGUUCGGCGCCAGGAAAAUGCCGGUCGAGCCGCAGUUAAUUGAUACGUCGCCUGUGAAAAGGGAAGUAGGGAAUGGAACUUUUGAAUAUGAUGUGGACGUUGGGGACCGUUGCCAGUUUUCAGAGGUCGAGACGGCAUCUCUUCCACCACCACGCACCGUCGGUUUUGCCCCUCUCUAUGGUGGUUCGCCUCAAUUUCUCCGGCGAAUGAGACAACGAGGGCGGAGUUUCGAUUUUAACCAACACCUGUCGCUCGGGCCGUCGCUCGAAGAGAUAUACCCUCCACCGCUGCCCGUCGCCCUUGAACAACUCCGGCCGACGCCGUGA